GUCACGAGAGGCGCUAACUUCUUUGAGGGUCUUGUCAACUCCACUCCCUCAAUGUCCCCUGCAAGACAAGCUCCAUUUCGGUCGGAAUCAGUCUCCAGAACAGUGCAUUACUACUAUAUUUCGUCUUACAUACAUACCAUAAUACUACUCCUCUCGUAUUAUGGCUGACAUCCCGCAGCGGGACGGAAAAGCCGAGCGCAAAGAGCUCUUACAGGAGCCGUCUUUCGAUGUCGACGAUAGCAGCUACAGCGUUCUUAGCGACCGCGACGCGGCCAAGAUCCUCCCCUAUGAAGCAGACGAUUCCCCCUUCCCAGAAGUUCGUGCCGUCGUUCGACCAGUAGACGAUGUACAUCUACCGGUCAACACGGUUCGGAUGUGGAUGAUCGGGGUUAUAUUUACGAUUGUCGGGAGUGGACUCAAUCAAUUCUUCAGUUUGAGACAGCCCAGUGUAACCAUCAGUGCCUUGGUUGCACAGCUUGUAGCAUUUCCAGUUGGCUGCGCCUGGGCAAAAUGGAUGCCCUUGGGAUGGCUCAAUCCGGACCGCCAUUUCAAUAUCAAGGAGCACGCAUUGAUCACGAUAAUGGCCAAUGUCUCGUUUGGGUCUGCGGCGGCGACGCAGAUCAUUGAGGCCAUGGUAAAGUUCUAUAACAUGCCUUCUCAAGGAGGCUUUGAGAUUCUUUUAUGUAUCACAACACAACUGUUUGGCUUUGGCUUGGCAGGCAUGGCGUCCCGCUGGCUUGUGGGACCCGCGACUAUGAUGUGGCCCCAGGUGCUGUCAAACGCCGCUCUUUUAUCCACCUUACACUCGCGCAAAAAUCUUGUCGCUGAUGGCUGGUCUAUCACGCGUCUCCGGUUCUUUUUGUUUAUCUUUGUUGGCGGAGCCAUCUGGUAUUUUGCUCCCGGGUACCUCUUCACAGGUCUCAGCACGUUUAAUUUCAUUUGCUGGAUUGUACCAACAAACGUUGUUGUCAACCAGCUCUUUGGUCAGCAUACUGGUCUUGGUAUGUCGAUCUUGACCUUUGAUUGGGCUCAGGUCGUCUAUGCAAAUCAAAGCCCGCUCUUGGUCCCAUUCUGGGCGGGUCUCAACGUGAUUGGGUCCUUCGCCUUGUUCUUUUGGUUAAUAUGUCCAAUAAUUUACUACACCAAUACGUGGUAUUCGGCCUACUUACCGAUGCUUAAUUCCAACACAUUCGACAAUACCGGUAAAGCUUACAACACUAGCCGGGUGAUGAACCAUGACGGUACAGUUAAUGUGGAGGCGUACCGCGAGUACUCGCCCAUGUUCCUUCCAGCGGGGUAUGCAGUGACAUACGGCGUAGCAUUCGCCAAUCUGACAGGAAUCUUCGUUCACAUAGCGCUGUACCAUGGGACUGACCUGUGGGAGCAAUGGAAGGGGCGGGAUAAGAAGGAUGUCCAUGCACGGCUUAUGGAAUCCUACAGGGUCGUUCCUUGGUGGUGGUUCGCUGCAGUGACCAUUUUGAUGUUUGUGCUGAGCAUUGUGACUAAUGAGGUUUGGCAUACGGGUCUCCCGGCGUGGGCAGUACUCUUGGCCUUCGUGCUACCGAUGAUCUACUUCAUACCAGUUGGCAUCAUCAAGGCGGUGACGAAUAUUACCAGCAACCAGUUGAACUUGAUUACGGAGUUCAUUGGAGGGUACGCGUUUCUCGGUCGGCCCGUUGCAAACAUGGCUUUCAAGUUUUAUGGAUAUGUGGCAGUAUCUCAAGGAUUAGAGUUUGUGGCGGACAUGAAGCUGGCACAUUAUCUUCAUAUUGCUCCUCGGACUUUAUUCUUAGCACAGGGGCUAGCGACCUUAAUUGGUGCCGUGGUACAGUGUGGCGUGACUGUGUUCAUGAUUACUCGGAUCGGUGGUGUCUGUACCUCCGAUACAGAUGGAGGAUUCACUUGUCCCCAUGGUCGAGUAACGUAUUCCUCAUCGUUGAUUUGGGGCGCACUUGGACCAGGACGGAACUUUUCGCCCGGUCAAAUUUAUGGCCACCUGCUCUGGUUCUUCCUGGCAGGACCUGUUGUCAUUAUCAUCACAUAUCUCAUUGGUAGGCGCUGGAAGCAGGCUAACUACAUCUCAUGGCCGGUAGCCUUUGGUGCCAUGAGUCUUGUUCCACCAGCCACGGGUAUUAGCUUCUCAUCCUGGUGGAUUGUCAAUCUAAUAUUUAAUGGAAUUAUUAAACGACGCAGACCCGCCUGGUGGUCUAAGUAUAAUUACGUUCUUUCGGCAGCACUUGACUGCGCUGUCGCAGUGGCCACGGUGAUAAUUUUUUUCUGCAUUACGCUUCCAGCUGGUUCGCUGAAUUGGUGGGGCAACACCGUAUCGGCGCGCACUGCGGACGGUAAAGGCACUCCGUGGAGGGGUCUACCGGAGUCAGGAUACUUCGGACCUCCCCAGGGGACAUGGGAAUAGUUUCUAUGUUGCAUAUAUCUUCUGUCCCAUUUACAUAUACUAGAUAUCUAGAAGCAUUGUUUUGCGUUUCUUUUCUGCUUGAGCGUUUGGCUUUUCGGGCUUUAUCUGAGCGUCACAUACCUUUUCUUAAUUAUAUCAUAUAUUAUUAUAUACUGA